AACAGGAAUUUUGGUGGUUUUGUUGGUGUAGUCAAUUUAGAAAACAUAAAGUACUUUGAUUUUUGUAUAUUAGGUAAUGUUAUAAGCUGUCGAAAGAAAAAUGGGAAGGAAAGGACAUAACAAGCAACAAAAACUUAAUAAAUCAAACAUUCAUUGUAAUGGCAUUCCAAAAGGAGGAGAGGUAAAUUUAAAACUAUCUCCUCUUAAGAAAAAUGAUUUGAAUAAAUUGGUUGAUAAAUUACUUAAAGUGACAAGUACAUUAGGAGCUAACAAUUUGAACAGGAGUUAUGAAAUACAUUUGGAAAUGGAUAAGUUACUUCAUAAAAUUAUGAACAUAGAAGAAGAAAUCAACAUUGAAUUGCCUACAAGGGAUGAAACUUCUUUUGAAAAUUUAACUAGUUGGAUGAUUGAAAAUGGUGCGAAGAUUGAAGGUGUUGAACUAGCACAGUUCGAAGAUUACGGGUAUGGUUUAAAAGCUAUCAAUGAAGUGAAAGAAGGAAACUUCAUGAUAUCUGUUCCGAGAAAAUUAAUGAUGACUACAGAUCUCGCCAGGAAAUCAGAAUUGGAAUAUUUAGUAAGAAAUGAUACCCUUCUCAAACAUAUGCCAAACAUAAUUUUAGCUUUAUUUUUACUUUUGGAAAAAAAUAAAUCCUCGUCUUUCUGGGAAUCCUAUAUCAAAGCGCUUCCAUCCUCUUAUCAUACUGUAAUGUACUUCACACCACAGCAGUUGGAGGCUCUUAAAGGAUCACCUGUUUAUGAAUCGGCUCUUAAACAAUGUAGAAGCAUAGCUCGGCAAUAUGGUUAUUUACAUGAUCUCUUCCAGAAAUCUACAGAUCCGGCUAGCGAUAUUCUACGUGAUGCUUUUACAUAUAAGCAAUACAGGUGGGCCGUAUCGACUGUGAUGACCAGGCAGAACUUGAUCCCGACCACACAGCCCGAAAACCCCAUGAUUCUGGCCCUCAUACCCUACUGGGAUAUGGGAAACCACGACAAUGCCAAGCUGACCACUGACUACAACAUCGAGGCAGACCAGAGCGAGUAUUACUCCUGCCGGGACUUCGCCGCCACCAGCCAGGUCUUCAUGUCCUACGGAGCCAGACCCAACUCCGACGUGUUCCUCCACAACGGCUUCGUUCAUAUGAACAACGUCCAUGACGGAGUCAGGCUGCGCCUCGGGGUCUCCAAGUCUGAUUCGCUCGGUGAAGCCCGCAAGACUUUGCUCUCGGAGAUCGCUGUGCCGCACUCCUCCGAGUUCCUUCUCACCCCAGGACCAGUAGAUGGCAAGUUGCUGGCAUUCCUUCGGGUCUUCAACAUGGACAAAGAUCAACUUGAAGAUUGGAAGAAGAAUCCAAGUAGGUUUGACCUGGUUCACCCUCAGUGCGCAGUCGACACAACCAUCGAGAAACGGAUGUGGCAAUUUUUGGGCACCAGGAUAAAACUACUCUUAGCUGCUUAUCCUACAACACUUGAAGAGGAUGAAAAAUUACUGCUUACUAAGAAGGAGAUGGCACCUUGCUUAAAAUUAGCAGUUUUGCUGCGUCUCAGCGAAAAGAGAAUACUUACUAAAGUUUUAGCUUACGUCGAAGACCAUCUUAAACAAUAAGAUUUUGUUCUGCUUAAUUAACUAUUUUAUGGCUUGUGCCAGCGAUUCUUUGUGUUGAUUGAAGAAUUUUUGCUAAUAGCUUUAAAUUAUUUUAUUUUUAUUGCAAGUUAUUAAUCAAAUAUAUUUUUAUUAUACUUUUAUUUGCGAAAUGUCUUUUAAAUAAAAUAUGUGUACGGAAUGAUAGGAAUAUUUAAUGCUUCAGCCAAAUUAGUAGAAAUAUUUAUUUUUCUAUGUGUGAAGUCCAUAUUUUUCUUUUAAAAAAGUAUUGUUUAA